AUGUCUGGUACCCAAAUGAGAAGAUUCAAGGGAUGUGAGUAUUUGACACAUCGACUCGUCCUUGCAACACUUUCUGGAACACCUAUAAGAGUGGAGGGAAUAUAUCCAAAUGAAGCAGAUCCUGGUUUAAAAGAUUAUCAAAUAUCGUUUCUCAGACUUCUCGAAAAGCUGACAAACGGAUCUGUUAUUGAAAUUUCUUACACAGGUACUUCUUUCAUAUACCGUCCUGGUAAUAUAGUAGGUGGACGUGUGGAACAUGCUUGUCCUGAAACAAGAGGGAUUGGUUACUUCUUGGAGCCAAUCCUGUUGUUAUGUCUUUUUGCAAAAACACCUACCUCUUUGACUUUAACGGGUGUUACGUCGAACAAUGAAGAUGUAGGCGUAGAUAUACUCCGCACAAGCGUGCUUCCUUUUCUACAAAAACGAUUCCAAGUGGGUGACGAAAUGGAAUUGCGUAUUUUGAAGCGCGGCUCUCUUCCUAAUGGCGGUGGUGAGGUCAACUUUUUGUGUCCUAUUACAAAAGUGUCUUUACCGCCAAUUCGAAUUUCAGAAUCUGGACGCGUGUUUCGGAUCCGUGGCAUUGCUUCCUCGACUCGUGUUGCACCAGUACUUGCAAAUCGACUGGUAGAAGCAGCUCGUGGCGUCUUAAAUCCCUUCUUGCCGGAUAUUUUCAUUUAUACAGAUGUACGCCGAGGAGAUGAAUGCGGUAAUAGUCCAGGAUUCGGCCUUACACUAGUUGCAGAAACAAAUAAAGGCUGCUCAUACGCUGCCCAGCAGUGCGGCGAAGCUGGUCAAACGCCUGAAGAUGUGGGCUCUUUAUGCGCUCAAAAAUUGCUGGAGUCCAUUGAAUCAGGUGGCUGUCUCGAUCAAUACACUCAACCAUCCAUCCUUACUGGUAUGCUUCUAUCUUCCGAAGAUGUAAAUUCCAUUGUGAUCGGACAGUUGAACAUCACGUCUGAAUUGGUAACUUUUCUUCGUGAUGUAAAGGCACUGUUCGGCAGGGAGUAUCGCUUUAAAGAAUUCGAAACUGGCCACAUUGAAAUGUCGUGUCUCGGAAAAGGUUACCUGAAUAUAAAUCGUCGUCUUCAGUGA